AGUUGGAAGGCGCGUGUUGGGGCUUAGUGCUCGUGUGUGAUUGUGUGCUGUGUUUUAUGAGAAGCGGAAUGUUCUGGAGUAAAAUUAGAUGAGAUUAUAGUCAGGCUUCAGUCUCACAGGAGUCUGAAGUGAGACUCUGGGAGUGUGGAAGAGGUCUGAGCUGCUCUCACUCACUUGCCUGUGGUGAAAAGCGGACAGCAUCCUGAGUGGGUUUCAGUUCAGAUGAAGCGCAGGACUGGACUCAGUCACUCCGACUGCACAGCCUUCACACUGAGCUCUCUCCACUCACACUCGGCUCUUCCUUCCCUAACCGCUUCUCACGAGGAUUCUCUUUCACCCUUUUCGCCUGGUUUUUGUCUUUCUGUCUUUUUUCGUGCAGUGAGUGGAUAUAAGCAGUACAGUUAGUCCUCAGACUUUGGUGAGUUAGCGUUUUCACUUUUCACCAUGGACACAAUGAAGUGACUUCUUCUCUCAGAACAGCUGAAGAUAUUUUAGGAGACUUUGACUUUACUUUGUAUACAUUCGCUGUAGCGGUUUGAAUCCCUGAACAUGGAUAAAUACGAAGAUUUGGGGCUCGAAGCGAGCAAAUUCAUCGAAGACCUGAACAUGUACGAGGCGUCCAAGGACGGACUGUUCCGCAUGAGGAGGGACGCAGGAAAUAACCCGGACUUUGAGGAAACCAGGAGGGUGUUCGCCUCCAAAAUGACCAAAAUCCACAUGCAGAAGCAUCAAGAAGAGAUGGCGAGAAACAACCUGGCAGAAAGGCUAAACGGUGGACAUGUCAAAAUAACAGAUGGCACGUUUUACACCAAAGACAGACCACCUAUCAGUAGCUCCAGACAUGAAGCUGCAUCUAAGCCACCCAUUCUUUCAGGACCAAACACAUGCUAUGAAGGACAGAAGCAUCAUCCAGCCAGCCCACAUGAUGCCAGAGUUUUCAGCUAUGGAAGCAAUCAUGACAAAGACCUCUCACGCCUGGAACCUGGAAACUCUUAUCCUCAAACUAUGCCUCUUCCUGCCAGUCCUUCUGGCACUUGGGCAUCUACGAACAAUCCUCAAUACCAGGCGUCAUCACCCACCCUUGGCCUAAGUUCAAGCUCACCUGGAUCUAACAUGAACCGUGGAGCAACUUCUCCUGUUCGUCAGAGCUCACCAUGCCAAACUUUAACACCCACUGGGACGCCUGAUUGGUUCCCACCAUCAGCCACAGGUGCUCACGGAGAACCAGACCCUCACCACAAGUCCUCUCCUUAUGUGAGCCCUACUCAACACACCGAACCCACCAUGCCUCAGAAACCCUAUGGAGACCCACACCAUAAUGGGGUUCCUCAAAGCACUGGGACGUGCUCUGCUGUCCAGCUGUCCACGCUAGCACAGAGCCAACCCGAAGCACAUCAGCCUAUAGGUCAAGCGCAGUGCCACACUCGAGGCCAUAGCAGCCCGACUGUUCCAGACACCUUGGCGAACCCUACUGCAGAGCCGGCUCGGAGUGAUGCCCACAGCCCCCCUCAGGCGCUCAAACUGCCAUGCCACACUCUCCAUAUACAGCCCGAGCCUGGGCCGUCUGCAGCUGAAAUAAAAUUAGAAGCUCUAACUGAACGCCUGGAAAAGGAGAUGGAUGCCCAGCCUAUGGCUGACUACUUCGGAAGUUGUGUGAAGUGCAGUAAGGCUGUGUAUGGAGCCAGUCAGGCGUGCCAGGCCAUGGGUAGCCUCUACCACGACAGCUGCUUCACCUGCAGUGCCUGCAGUCGGAAGCUCAGGGGGAAAGCUUUUUACUAUGUCUCUGGGAAGGUGUUUUGUGAAGAGGAUUUUCUGUACUCUGGCUUUCAGCAAUCAGCUGACAAAUGCAGUGUAUGUGGCCACCUGAUAAUGGACAUGAUCCUGCAGGCCCUGGGCAAGUCCUACCAUCCAGGCUGCUUCCGCUGUGUCAUCUGUAACGAGAGCCUGGAUGGAGUGCCUUUUACUGUGGACACAGAGAACAAGAUCUACUGUGUUAAAGACUAUCACAGGGUUCUUGCUCCUAAAUGUGCAGCAUGCAGUCAGCCAAUCCUGCCCCCUGAGGGCUCUGAUGAAACUAUUCGAGUGGUAUCGAUGGAUAAAGACUAUCAUGUAGAAUGCUACCACUGUGAGGACUGUAAGAUGGAGCUGAAUGAUGAAGAAGGGCAUCGCUGUUACCCAUUAGAUAGCCACCUGCUGUGCCACACAUGCCACCUUAAACACAUCGAGUCAAGCUGCCUGUCUGUCUAAUGAAAGGAGAAUCAGUUCUGGAUAUCUGCUGCCCCCUGUGGCUGUCAGGAGACAGAGUGACACCAAACUCUCAGGCUUUACUUCCGAUCAGUUGCAGUUGUAGGGUUAAAGAAUAAACCUCACAUUACUUCCAGGUCACAGCUCUCUGUGUGUAUGUAUUGUCAUAACCUAAUUAUUUUAUUUUACUAUUUUUAAGAGCUGUCCCUAAAUUGUCAGAUCCUUCUCAGUAUGAGUAUUUUUAUUUUCAUUCUAAUUCAGCCCCUGUGUUGUGUCUUUGACCAGAGUGAUGCAGGCUGGUUAAUCAUGAUGACCAAGAUAAAAACUAAAUUGGCUUAGAACAUCAAAUUUUAGCACUCUGUGUCAUAGGUUCAGUUCACCAUAGCAAUUAGCUUAAAGGUUGCAUUUACUACUUUCAAAAUACCAACUCAGAUUGCAACUAAAUUGUUUAAAUUGUUUUAAAAAAAACUUUCUUUAAUUAGAUCAUCUGGAGAAAAAUAACUUAUGGUAUGCAAGUAUGACCAAGUGACCAUGGAUUAUUGUGUAUUGAUUUAUUCAACUACAUGUGUGUUAUUUAUCUUUACAAUCUUGUUACACAAAAUUAGACAGUAAUGUCAUGUAUGUUUGUGUUUAAGAGAAUGCCAAAAUACGUGUUUUAUCUCUUAUUCAAAUACAUAAUUUCAGAAAAUGUG